GAAAACAUCAAAAGUCCUUUUACAUUCAGUCUAGAUUAAUACCGCAACCAUGGGUUACACUGACUUGGAUACAUUGGCCGUGAACACCAUCCGUGUUCUCGCGGUCGAUGCCACCUUCAAGGCCAACUCCGGUCACCCCGGUGCCCCUAUGGGCAUGGCCCCCGUGUCCCACGUUCUCUUCAACAAGUUCAUGAACUUCAACCCCCAAAAUCCCAGCUGGGCUAACCGCGAUCGCUUUGUCCUCUCCAACGGCCACGGCUGCAUGCUCCAAUAUGCUCUCCUCCACCUCUUCGGCUACAAGGUCACCCUCGAUGACCUGAAGAGCUUCAGACAACUGGACAGCAUCACCCCUGGUCACCCCGAGUCCCACGACACCCCCGGUGUCGAGGUCACCACCGGCCCUCUGGGUCAGGGUUUCGCCAACGCCGUUGGUCUGGCCAUCGCUCAGCGUCACUCCGCUGCCGUCUUCAACAAGCCCGGCUACGAGCUCUUCAACAACUACACAUACAUGUUCUUCGGUGAUGGCUGCGCCAUGGAGGGUAUUGCCAGCGAGGCUGCCUCGAUGGCUGGUCACCUGAAGCUCGGCAACCUGAUUGCCAUCUACGACGACAACGGUAUCUCCAUUGACGGUGACACCAAGUGCGCUUUCACUGAGGAUGUUACCAAGCGUUUCGAGUCCUACGGCUGGCACGUUGAGUGGGUCAAGGACGGUGACAACGACCUUGCCGGCAUUGAGGCCGCUAUCAAGAAGUGCCAGGCCGUCACUGACAAGCCCUCCAUGAUCCGUCUCACCACCACCAUUGGUUUCGGUUCCAAGCUCCAGGGUACCGGUGGUGUCCACGGUAACCCCCUGAAGGCCGAUGACUGCGAGGGUGUCAAGCAGGCCUUCGGCUUCGACCCCAAGCAGAGCUUCGUUGUUCCCCAGGAGGUCUACGACCUGUACCACAAGCACUCCGCCGAGGGUGCUGCCAAGGAGCAGGAGUGGAACCAGCUCUUCGAGAAGUACGCCACCGAGCACGCUUCCGAGCACGCCGAGCUCACCCGCCGUCUCUCCGGCAAGCUUGCUGAGGGCUGGGAGAAGCACCUGCCCACCUACAAGCCCAGCGACCCUGCCAACGCUACCCGUAAGCUCUCCGAGACCGUUCUCGAGAAGAUCCACGACGUGGUUCCUGAGCUUCUGUCCGGUUCUGCCGAUUUGACUGGCUCUAACAACACCCGCUGGAAGAACGCCGUCGACUUCCAGCCCCCCGAGUACAACAUCGGUGACUGGUCCGGUCGCUACAUCCGCUACGGUGUCCGUGAGCACGCCAUGGCUGCUGUCAUGAACGGUCUCGCCGCCUACGGCACUGUCAUCCCCGCCGGUGGUACCUUCCUGAACUUCGUUUCCUACGCUGCCGGUGCCGUCCGUCUGUCGGCCCUCUCCCAGGUCCGCGCCAUCUACGUGGCCACCCACGACUCCAUCGGUCUGGGUGAGGACGGUCCCACUCACCAGCCUAUCGAGACCCUGGCCCACUUCCGUGCUCUCCCCAACUGCAUGGUCUGGCGCCCGGCUGACGGUAACGAGACCAGCGCCGCCUACUACUCGGCCCUGACCUCCAAGCACACCCCCAGUAUCCUGGCCCUGACUCGCCAGAACCUGCCCCAGCUCGAGCUCUCCACCAUCGAGCGUGCCCUCAAGGGUGCCUACGUCGCCGUCGACGCCCCCAACGCCGCUGUCACCCUCAUCUCCACCGGUUCUGAGGUCAGCAUCUGUGUUGAUGCUGCCGCCUACCUCAAGGAGAAGCACGGCGUCGUUGCCCGUGUCGUCUCCGUCCCUUGCUUCGAGGUCUUCGAUGCUCAGGACAAGAGCUACAAGCUGCAGGUCCUCCCCGACGGUAUCCCCGUCCUCUCCGUGGAGGCCCUCUCCACCAUGGGCUGGGAGCGUUACGCUCACGAGCAGUUCGGUCUCAACCGCUUCGGUGCCUCCGGCCCCUACAAGGACGUCUACAAGAAGUUCGACUUCACCCCCGAGGGCAUCAGCAAGCGCGCUAUCGCCACCAUCGACUUCUACAAGGGCCACACCGUGCGCUCUCCCAUCAACCGUGCUUUCCAGCAGAUUCUGUAGACGUCUUGCGCUGCGCAUCCGUGAUGGCUAUGUACUGAAUUCAUGUUGUUAAUGAGUAUCCGGGACGAUGUUGAUCCCUGCGGGCAAGGAAAAUACCACCCGGGGAGAAGUCCUAAUUUAACGAAUUUUUUGAUUUGAGGAUAAAAUACACACGUCUUCGUUGUUUGUUCCACCCUCUUGAUCUAUCUAUGAUUAAUCGAUUCCUUCCUCCCUUUGGUAGAAUUAAAAAUUAGAGGGGUGAGUUUUUUAAAAUUGAAUACCAC